AUGUCCCUCCGAUCUACACCUAGACCAAGGGAUGGGAGCAUCGGUCAUCUGGUCAAGCAGUAUAGUCGUAGCACCGGAAGCUUCCCACCUUGGGCGGGUAAGGCGGUGUCGCGCGGCAGAACGGACGACGUCCAAAAUCCCAUCUCCUCUACCAUUCCCGGAUCGCCUCGACCUCUCGUUGCGCUCGAUCAAUUCCAACCCCCUCCUCCUCCGCCAACCGCCACCAUGACCACACAUACCGAAGACCACAGUUACCACCCGAAAGAUGCGAUUGGAGCCUCUUUGAAGACCACCAUGCUCACUGGUGGAGUGGGUCUUUUCGCCUCGGCCGUCCAGAACACCCUUGUCAGGAAGAACGUUGGCCCAUGGGGUGUCUUCGUGCGGAGCGGCGGCACCAUCGGUGUUUUCGCUGCGAUGGGAGGUACCUAUGAGUUCGUGAAGACCGCGUCGGCCAACCUACGGGAGAAGGAUGAUCACUGGAACGUCGCUUUGGGCGGUUUCUUCUCUGGUGCGAUCUUGGGUCUGCGAGCACGGACGUUCCCCGCCCUCCUGGGCUACGGUGCUGCUCUGGCCACCGCCAUGGGCGCCUUCGAGUACACUGGUGGCUCCCUGUGGGGUUACAAGAAGGACACUGAUGUUGACGAAUUCGAACGCCGUCAGCAACUGCGGAAGGCGUACCGGACUCCGGCGGAACAGACUUUCGCUGAACUGGGCGAAGGACGGGGUAUCUAUGGCCCCGGAUAUGCAGAGAGACGGGCUGAACGCAUCAAGGAGACAUACGGCAUUGACGUCCCCACGUCCCAGGUUCCCGCGUCGUGA